GGGCCGCUUGGCGCCAAUUGCUGACCGCCACAGCCAGGACCAGCUUCGCGGGUUCCCCGGCGGCGCGCAUUCGCUGCCUCCUCGGCUCCGGGAUGAUCGGCCAGAAGACGCUCUACUCCUUCUUCUCCCCCAGCCCCGCCAGGAAGCGACGCGCCCCCAGCCCCGAGCCGGCUGACCUGGGGACUGGCGUGGUGGCCGUGGCUGAAGAGAGCGGAGAUGCGGCGGCCAGCCCCGCCAAGAAGGCCCGGGCCGAGCAGGAUGAGCCCGGGACGCCACCCUCCUCGCCGCUGAGUGCGGAGCAGUUGGACCGGAUCCAGAGAAACAAGGCCGCGGCCCUCCUCAGACUCGCGGCCCGCAACGUGCCCGUGGGCUUUGGGGAGAGCUGGAAGAAGCACCUCAGCGGGGAGUUCGGGAAACCGUAUUUUAUCAAGCUAAUGGGAUUUGUUGCAGAAGAAAGAAAGCAUUACACGGUUUAUCCACCCCAACACCAAGUCUUCACCUGGACCCAGAUGUGUGACAUAAGAGAUGUGAAGGUUGUCAUCCUGGGACAGGAUCCAUAUCAUGGACCUAAUCAAGCUCAUGGGCUCUGCUUCAGUGUUCAAAGGCCUGUUCCGCCUCCGCCCAGUUUGGAGAACAUUUAUAAAGAGCUGUCUACAGACAUAGAGGGUUUUGUCCAUCCUGGCCAUGGAGAUUUAUCUGGGUGGGCCAAGCAAGGUGUUCUGCUACUCAACGCUGUCCUCACGGUUCGGGCACAUCAGGCCAACUCUCAUAAGGAGAGAGGCUGGGAGCAAUUCACCGAUGCAGUUGUGUCCUGGCUAAAUCAGAACACGAAUGGCCUUGUAUUCUUGCUCUGGGGCUCUUAUGCUCAGAAGAAGGGCAGUGCCAUUGAUAGGAAGCGGCACCAUGUCCUACAGACGGCUCAUCCCUCCCCGUUGUCAGUGUAUAGAGGGUUCUUUGGAUGUAGACACUUUUCUAAGACUAAUGAGCUGCUGCGGAAGUCUGGCAAGAAGCCCAUCGACUGGAAGGAGCUGUGAUCAGCAGCUGAGGGGUGGCCUGUCUCCACUGGUUUCUUUUGAGAAGCUACUGUUAACGUUUUUGUCAGUUACGAAGUUCCAUUGAAAAUUUUCCUGUUAUUUCUUAGGUACUCUGCAUAAGGAGGAAAAGUUUCCAAAAAGCAGCCACGAACAGGCUGCCCAGGAAUGGCAGCUGUAUUCAGCCACAAACAGCAAAGGCUACCUUUUGACCAAAUGUCUUUCUCUGCAACAUGGCUUCAGCCUAAAGUACGCCAACUUGUCAGAAGACAGAUGAGGUCAAAUACUCAGUUGGCUGUCUUUGUCUCCCUUGCCUUUUACGGUGGACGGGAGAUGUGCACCUUUUAGGCACAGUCCUAGUUUGGUGCCUGCUGUUCGUAGUUUUGCCUGUUUUAGUGACAGGUGUUGGGGUGUUAUUGCUUAGAAAGGUCCUCUUGUCUCAGCCCUGCAGGGCAAGCAUGCCAGUCUUUGCCUGUUCCACUGCCCCCUUGAUCUUUGAAGGAGUCUUCGGGCCCCUCAAAGCAUAGGGAUGUUUUGCAAGUUUCCAGAAUCUGGCCCAGAAAUUAGGGCUCAAUUUCCUGAUUGUAGUAGAGGAAGAUGCUAGGAUUGCUGUGAGCCCUCAGUAAGCUGGGCCUUGUCCCUUGAGUGUUGGUGGAAUAAGCAGUGGAAUUUGAACAAGGAAGAGAAGAAGGAAUUUUGUCUUUAUGGGGUCGGGAUGAUUUUCUCCUCAGGUUAUCUCGAGUUGGGGUUUUUAGGGCACCACGGACUGUCAAGUGCUGUUUUCUUACCAACUGAAAUCACUUUGGGAUAUUUUUUUCUGCAAUACUGAAAUGUUUUAGUUUUUUAAGAAGUGCUC